UCAAACCAGUGAAUGGAAUUGAAUUGGAAAUAGUUGAAGAAGAAAAAAAUUCAGAGCAAAGUUUGUGGGAAUUUCGCGGAAAUGUUUGGUUAAUAAAUUUGAGCUUUGAAAACAUUGUAAGUGUUAAAUAGAAAAAAAUAUUAAAUCGAAAAAAAUUUAACGCCGAUUAAAUGUAUUAAUUGCCAAAUUUUACACGUUUGUAAAAACAUAUCAAAAGUGCGUCUGGUUUUUGGUUGCGCGGGUGCAUCAGUCGAGGGUAAGACAACGUGAAAAUUUUAAAGAAAAAAUAUGUAAAAAAAGUCGACAACCCGAGUGGCGCUGCGUUAAAAAAAGCAAGAAACAACAGAAUCAAAUUUAUAAAGAUCACAAGCAGCAACAGUUAAUCGCAGCAGUGUGAGGCGUAGUAAAAUAAUUUGCAUUUCCAAUUUGAACCGAUUUUAUUUCGUUGUAUCCAUCAAUAUUUUCGGCCAUAUACGGGCGUACGUGUGAACGUGUUUUCCGGCGCUGGUACGCUGACUUGGUGGACGCGCAACACAUCGAGUAUACGCGAAAUAUGGGUGGUUGCAUCGGCAUACACAGCACCGAUAAUGAGACAGUCAGCGUGUCCUCAGCGAGCGUUUCGAGGCCAGCAACAGCGGCGGGCGGCGGCCCAAUGGGCCCAUUACGCAAAAAUCGCCCACUGUGCAAUGAGACUAUACGUUGGCGUUCCGAUGUGCCACUGACCGAGGGACAGUUGCGUUCAAAACGCGAUGAAUUCUGGGAUACUGCGCCGGCGUUCGAUGGUCGCAAAGAAAUUUGGGAUGCGCUGCGGGCAGCAACAAAUGCGGCAGAAGAACUGAACUUCGAAUUGGCGCAGGCAAUACUUGACGGAGCGAACAUCUCCGUGCCCAAUGGUUACCUCACAGAGUGUUACGAUGAACUCGGCACACAAUACAAAGUGCCAAUCUAUUGUCUAUCGUAUCCUAUCAAUAUUGUUAAAGAGGAGAAUGGACGCGAUUCACCAGCGGAAUUCUCAGAGCCAGUCGACGGUGGCACUGAGGUAUUCUUAAAAUUACGAAUAUCGUCCACAAUGUCUGAUAUUAAAUUACCAGUAUACUCAAAAGACACUGUUGGGCAGUGUAAAAAGAAAUUACAGGCUGUGGAAGGCAUCGAUGCCUGCUGUCAGCGUUGGUUCUACAGUGGCAAAUUACUCGGCGACAAAGUGCCCAUAGACGAGUGCAGCAUACAGAAUGGUUAUGUGGUGCAAGUCAUAGUGAACACGGAGCAUUAUAAUCACGACAACAGUACAAUUAUACCGGUUGCAAGCUAGCCAAGUGUUUACGCCAGCGUAAAACAUACCAUAUUAGCGACGAGAACUGCUAUGGCAACACCAACAGCAACAGCAACAGCAACAGCAGCAACAACAACAAGAACAACAUCAUCAACAAUGUUAAUAGCCAUAACAGCUGUGUGCAAUGGCGGUGUCACAUUUGCAUGCGUCAUAUUCAAAAUAUUUAUUAACGUUUUAAGUAUGAAUGAGAUAACGAAAACGUAUAACAGACAGCACCGCUGUGUAAAUUUAAACGAUUCACUUGAAGCGGGAAUUAAACUGACGCUUUAGUGUGUAGGCGCGCAUUGUUGUUGUAUUUACAUUGAGAUUACGAUCUUAAGAAUCGUUUGAAUGCAUUAAUUGUUGGCAUUUUUCUAUUAGUUUCCACGAUUGCAUCACAUUUUCCUUUCUUUUGAAUUUAUAUGCAUACGUUCAUUAAAAGAGGCUUACUGUCGUUGCGAAAAUCGUGGAAAAUUAUUUCGAAAUUCUGCUGUUGUUGUACGCCUAUACGUGCAUUUGUUGGUUGUUGUUGUUGCUGCCGCCCGACUGUUGUUGCUUUCGAGCAACAUACUGUGCAGCAGAUAUUACAAGCACACAUACAGACACACACAUCCACACGUCUACAAAUAUAUAAAUAUAUUAAAUAAUAUAGAAUGAAUGUUUGAUUGAGAGGAAAGUUAUGAAAAUAUGCAAAAUUUGUAAAAAAAUGAAAGUGUUUAUUUGAAAUAGAAAAAAGGUUUGAAAUUUUAGAACAAAAAAGAAAAAAAAAACAAUAAAAUAAAGUUUUGUAAUUUGAUUUGUUAAAAUCAACUCAAAUUAGUAAUUCCUAAUGCAAGAAGUUGUAUGCAAUGCAUUAAUAUUUAGCAUUUUUUACAACUAGUUUUGAGUUUUUGUUUUUUAGCCGAUGACUGAAGUGUAAAAUACAAAUACAUGAAGUGUUUUCAAAGUAGCGUGAAGAAAUAAAUAAAUAAAUAAAAAGAAGAAAGUAAAAAUUCUUUGAAAAAAUUACCAGGGACAGGAAAUUAUGAUUAUUUUAUUUUUAAUUGAAUAGGUAUAUCAUUCUAACUGCAGAAAAAUAGUUUUCAAUAAAUACACACAUACAUACUUUUCAAAGCUUUUAUAUUUUUUAAAUAAAUUUUAACAAAUUGUUUGCUAUAUUAUUUUUCCUCAAAGCUGAUUAUUAUAAUUGGUAUUUUUUUAUACUUGGUUUGCUCAUGAAUAUGUAAUUUUUUUCUAUAUUAACAAAAAUUUUUUUUUUAAUUUUUGAGUGCAAAAAUUAUAUUUUUGCUCAUUAUUUUUGAGCACAAAAAAAAAUUAAAAACUGAAAAUAUUUAAUUAUAUUUGAGACAAAAGAAAUAAUAAAAAAAUCAAAGAACAAAUAUUCUUUAACGAAAAAUAUAAUUCAAUUACUAAUAUUACGUAAUUUUUGAAUACAAAAAACUGCAUUACAAUAAAAAAAUGUUGCAUUAUUUUUGAUUACAUCAAAAUAAAACUAAAAUUAUAAAUUCUUUAUUCGGUUUGAGAAACAAAAAAUCAAAGAAAAAGUAUUCUUGAACAAAAAAUAGAAAUCAAUUACUAAUUUGAUAAGAAAAAUUUGUUGAUCGCAAAGUAAAAAUAUUUUUUUAAUUUGUAAAUUACAUUGCCUAUCCCUGGAAAUUACCAUCUGAAUGCAACCAAAUCAAUAAUACAACACACAUACUUACACUAAUUACACAGGCAUAAAUGCAGAAUAUAAACAGAGAAAAUGUAUAUAAGCGAAAUAAAAGUAUUUUUUUGUAAUCGUAUGAAUGCUAGCAACUUCGGUCGAUGUUUAACGAACAAUUAGCAUACAUUUUUUGAAACAAAAGUUGUAACUUGUGUAAGAUAGAAUAAACAAAUACAAAUACAAACGAAAACACAAACAAUAAUAUAUACACAAAAACAAAAAACAAAAAAAGAACAAAAAAGAAGUAAAUGAAUCCCACACAUGAAGUGUAACAACAAUAAGCAAAAAGAAAGAAAACAAAAUGAAAUUAAGAAGGUUAAAGCACAAUUUUUUAAUUUAUUGUAUUUCGCCCAAAUUCUAAAAUCCCAAUGUACCUUAAUUCUUAAUUCUUAACGAAGAGCAACAUGUAACACACUUACAUAGCAUAAGCGACUAGUUUAUUAUUUAUGUAAGUUAUUGUAUUCUGCUGUUGGCAAUUUGCUUUCAUUUUCUUUAGGUUAGAUUCUUGGGGCCUAAUGCCUUAUAUUUUAAAGCAUACAUACGAUUUUUUAUAAGUAGAUAAGUACGUAUGUAUGCUACACGAACGCCAUUACGCUUUCAAUUAGAAAUAAUUAAAUAUAAAUAUUUAAAGCUGUUAGAUUUGAUUAAUAAAUAAAAAUUGAAGAUACUAAAUUUAA